UGAUUGACGGUUGGUCAACAGUCCUCCCACGAACUUCCCCUCUGUCCGCAGGUGCUGUUGUUGUUUCUUCGUGGUGCGCUGCGUGACAGCUUGAUGUGCACCUUGCUUGAUGACAAGGGGCUCUCACUGCUGCUGCUGUUGAGUGUACGUGCGUGCGUGCGUGCGCGUGUCCGUGUCUGCGUCGCUCCCUCAACCCCAGCACACAAAAUCGCACCACACCAGUACGGAGACAGGAAGUGAUUACUGUACACUGGCCGACAACAGCCUCUGAACGAAGGGCGAUGUCGCGUCAAACGCGUUCGGCCGAGACGGGGGUUUGGGACCGGGAGGUAUACUGUGGUCUUUGCAUAGUGCUUGUUCGGGCGUGGAGGUCAGCGCAUCACGGACAACCCGAUUCGACGAAGGGGCAGAGCACAACGACAGAAUAAGCAGAGGCAGAGGGGAGCAGAAGAGCCUCGUCUGUUUGCACAUAGACAACACAGCAAAUGGAGCGCGACCAACAGCAACGGCAAGUGCCAGGACGAGGCCUUGAAAGCGGCCGGCUGUCUACGACACCGUCUUCCAAUCCCGCCACCGACACCCAGCCUUGGCGUGAGCAGCGGUGGGCACGACGACCACCACCGCUACGGCGACCUUCGGCUACUACUUCCGGCCUUGCCUCGGCGACCGCUACUAGAACAGCAGUGACGACGAUCGUGUGCGUGGUUGUUGCCGGCGUCUUCCUCGCCGUCCGCUCCCCCAACGGCAUCCAACCACUCCAGCGCGGAGAAGAAGCGCCGCCGACGAGCGCGGGGCCCGCCCGCCCGCCGCCACCGCCGCCGCUGCUGCUGCUGCUGCCACGGAGAGCGGCCGGCGAUCGACUCUCCCGGGGAGGAGAAGCCGUCGCCACAAGCGGAGGAAGCGGCCGUCGGAUAGGCGGAGAAACAAGAAGGGCUUCCGCUCUCGCUGAAGAACUGGACGGGGGCGGGGGGGGGGGCGAUAGCGCUAUAUCAGCAUGGGCGCCGUUCUCCCUAAAGCGCUACGAGAGCUUCGAGGCCUACGCGACGGAGCAGUCAGCCAGCGGCAACGCCAUCCUUCCCGUUCCCAUCGUCCGGCCCCCGGGGAAGGGACCCGAGGCCUCUAGGUCUAUCCCGCUGGCGAUCAUUAUCGGGACUCAGGCGAGUGCUAAAGGGGGGACGCAGAAUCUCCGCAGCCAUCUGCUGACACACCCCUCGCUGUCAGGGUUGAGGCAGAAAGAGGCGCACUUUUUCGACUGGUUCUGGUUCACUAGCGAUCCCAAGAGCCGUCACGAGUGGCGGGGGGAUGGCCGUGGUGGUGCUGGCCUCAACUCCAGCGCAGCCGGUGAAGUCCUUUCGGCCUACGCGGACAGGGCCAUGGAAGCGGUUGACCCUCGCAAGCGCGACACCAUGGCAACGGUGGAGUCGACGCCUCUGUACUUCUUCUAUCCCCUUGCGCCCUACCGGAUGAAGAUGGUUCUUCCCGCGGCGAGACUCGUCCUGAUUCUCAGAGAUCCCACGGAGAGGUACUUCUCUCACCUGCGAAUGAUGAUGUGCUGGACACGGGACAGCGAAACUUUCGACCAUCUCGAGAAACGACAAAAAACAUAUUUCCAUAUCCCAGGGCGGGUCAAGGAGUACCUCGAACGAGGGGAGGCGAGCUACAAGCCUUACACGCCGCUGUGUCGGGGGGAGGAGGCAAGGGCGAAAGACCUCUUACGUUGCUGGAAGGCCAUGGUGACGCACGACCCGCUCCACCGUGGUCUCUACGCGGACCAACUGGAGAGAUGGUUCAGGGUGUAUCCCCGAUCACAGAUUCUUGUCUUGGAGUCUUCGGAGAUGUUCGGAAACUUCACCGGCACCCUCGACAAGGUGGCCAGGCACAUCGGACUGCCGCCGCACGGCUAUGAGUACGACUCCAGGCACCAGCACGCCAGCGCCCCGUGCGAGCGAAACCACCCGGAGUUGUUUGCAGAGGGCGGAAGGUACCAAAAGAUGCUCGAGGACCAGCGAGUAUUGCAGGAGUGGUACCGGCCACACAACGAGCGCCUCUAUCGGCUCCUCGGACGGGAGAUGCCGUGGGAAUGAGGAAUGAAUCCUCUUCUAACCCGCUCAUCUCUGAUCGGAGGAUUUUGGUUUGGCACGAGGAGACAAGACCCAUCGACCGCGGGCAUGGCUUCUAUUCUCACCCUCUCAUCUCUGGCUGGAGGUACUAGUGCAUUCGAGGGUACUCCCCUCAUCGACCAGAACAUAACCCUUGACUUGACACAAUAAUCUUACAGGAGCCAGGGUGGAAGGGUUGCGUGGACGUGGAGCACACCGGGCCCGAGUUGGACGGUCGACUUCUUCCCCCAGGGUUGUUUCUUGCUGAAAUCCUGCUGAUGUGUCGUGAAUCAUUUAUCGACCGUUUUUCGUAUAAUAAUGGAUCUCUUCCUGCAUUUUGAAACUUGUUUACUGUCUCAAGGAUCAUUUUAACUUUAGCAUGGGCCUUGUUCGCCUAUUUGUUUUAGGUUUACGGGGUUUUGUUUCAUGAAUUUUUCUGCUUUUUGGAUGGAUCUUGAUGGUUUUCAAUGGAUGUUGCUGUUUGGAAUGGAUGCUGCUGCUUGUACGACUGUAUGUCUCGUUGUUGAUUUGACGGAUGUAGUUGCUGAUUUGAUGGAUCUAGUUGCUGCAUGUCAAGUACUCGCGUCCCCCUGUUCACUGUGGGCGUGGAUCUGGUUGAUGUCAAACACUCACGUCCCCUUGUUGCCAUGUGGGAGUGUUCGACGGAAAAACACCGAAUAGAGCAGCACCCUAUCCAGCGUCAGACGUAUAGGUAUAUCCCGACAUUGAAAGGUUUCGUGCGUUGCCAAAUCUUCUCGUGGAACUCUUAUUGCCCUUGAUGGGCUUUGACCAGAAUGACCGGGAUAGGUUGACUGCUGAGUUUGAUGUACAGUAGAAAUGGAGGUUCGGAGCCAGCUUGCACACCAAACACGGCGCCUAUUCCCUUGUAGGUGUAGGGCCCGGAGCCCCGUUGCCUUCACCCGUUAAAUGUGUGCGGGAACUAUCAUCUUGUCUGUGACUACAACGGUAGUCUGGUCUGCCGGAUCGUUUGUGAUUGGGGACGGAAAUCAACGCACGUAGUGUUCAUGCGGAGGCCAAUAGAGUGAGGUUUUCUGUCGCAAGAUCUUUGAUGCUACCUUUGUUUGGGGUUUAUUGUUGGGCAUCGCCUACCGAGCGGGAGCGAUGGACUCAAAACAGUUUUUUUUUUUAUGUUUUUCUUUUCCUUGCGCCGGACAUGUCUCAAGCGACGGCUGAUGUGUUGUCUGGCUGGCGCCGUUCUUCCUGUGCAAUGUUGUUUGUGUUUUGUUAUCGCGAUUGCGACGUGUUUUUAGUAAAGUGCGUACCUGUUCGAGUGGUUGGCCUGCGACGGAAAGCGUCGGUGUCAGCCGGUACGGAAGUAAAUUACUCUUUAUGAAUACUGUGCAAAAAAAAAUGGGGAGGGGGAAGGGGAUC